GCUUUUCCAGUCCCCACGUGAUGACUCCAUCCUCGAAUAAAGGACAGAGUUUAAAGUAACUGCCCACUCUUCUGCCCAUAGUCAAGAUGGCCGCCUCCGCCUCAGCAGCUGAGGUUGCCCUGCGAACCAGAUCCGUCCGGGCGGAAUAAUGGAAGUCGUUUAAAAUAAUUCUGUCCCCGCGCUCCUGCCCACAUUAAAAACGGCCGCCUCCGCCUUCAGCAGCCGAGGUUGUUCCGCGAAUCCGAUUCUUCCGGGCGGAACCAGCGGAGAGAACUGCCGUGGGCGGAGCUGAGUUGCGGAGGCUCCGAGUCCGGGGCGGUUCGAGUCCGGGGGUCGCGUGUGCUCGGGACGGAGCGGGGCGGGGCGGGCCGGGCGGCCACCAUGCGGGCCUUCCCGGAGCUGCCGACGCCGUUGCUGGUGAACUUGAUGGGCUCGCUGCUGGGGUUUGCGGCCACCGUCACCCUCAUCCCAGCCUUUCGCGGCCACUUCAUCGCCGCGCGCCUCUGUGGAAAGGACCUCAACAAGCCGGGCCAGGAGCCGAUCCCCGAGUCGCAGGGAGUGAUCAGCGGGGCCGUGUUCCUCAUCAUCCUCUUCUGCUUCAUCCCCUUCCCUUUCCUGACCUGCUUUGUGGAGGAGCAGUGCAAAGCCUUCCCCCACCAUGAAUUUGUGGCCCUGAUAGGCGCGCUCCUGGCCAUCUGCUGCAUGAUUUUCCUGGGCUUCGCGGACGAUGUCCUGAACCUGCGCUGGCGCCAUAAGCUGCUGCUGCCCACGGCCGCCUCUCCUCUCCUCAUGGUCUACUUCACCAACUUUGGCAACACGACCAUUGUGGUACCCAAGCCCUUCCGUCCGAUUCUGGGCCUGCAUUUGGACUUGGGGAUCCUGUACUAUGUCUACAUGGGGCUGCUGGCAGUGUUCUGCACCAACGCCAUCAACAUCCUCGCAGGGAUCAAUGGCCUAGAGGCUGGCCAGUCACUAGUCAUUUCUGCUUCCAUCAUCAUCUUCAACCUGGUGGAGCUGGAAGGUGAUUGUCGAGAUGACCAUGUCUUCUCCCUCUACUUCAUGAUGCCCUUUUUUUCCACCACCUUGGGGUUGCUCUAUCACAACUGGUACCCAUCACGGGUGUUUGUGGGAGAUACCUUCUGCUACUUCGCUGGCAUGACCUUUGCCGUGGUGGGCAUCUUGGGACACUUCAGCAAGACCAUGCUACUCUUCUUCAUGCCCCAGGUGUUCAACUUUCUCUACUCCCUGCCUCAGCUCCUGCAUAUCAUCCCCUGCCCUCGCCACCGUGUGCCCAGACUUAAUACCAACACAGGCAAACUGGAGAUGAGCUAUUCCAAGUUCAAGACCAAGAGCCUGUCUUUCUUGGGCACCUUUAUUCUAAAGGUAGCAGAGAGUCUGCAGCUGGUGACAGUGCGCCAGAGUGAGGAUGAGGAUGGUGCCUUCACUGAGUGUAACAACAUGACCCUCAUCAACCUGCUCCUUAAAGUCUUUGGGCCCAUGCAUGAGAGGAACCUCACCCUGCUGCUGCUGCUGCUACAGGUCCUGGGCAGUGCUGUCACCUUCUCCAUUCGGUACCAGCUUGUCCGGCUCUUCUAUGAUGUCUGAGCUCCCUGAUCAUUGCCUUCACUUCACAGUCUCCAGGGCUCCCGACUCAGGCCAACCUCGUUCUAGACCAAGACUGCCUCUCAGCCCAGGCCCCUCCCACCCCUCCUCCUCCCCAGCCUUUCCUUUCCCCUGUGAUAAU